AUGCCUGUUAUCACAGAUCUAUUUUGUAGCCGCAAUGAUCAUGAAUAUGUAAAUUACAGGCCCGACCAUGCCGCCUAUGGACGCCGUGUUCGAUGGGUUAACGUGGUGGGUACAAUUUCGAACCACUACCUUCGGCGACAAUAUCGUUACGGCACUAAUGUUUCAGCUGUUGCCUAUAACCAUAACAUAAGGGCCGGUGCUAAUCUCUUGAUCCCGUACAAGAUAUAUCGUGUAUCUGGUGCAACUCUGAAGAAAGUUGAGGAAAAAUAUAGGGUAGGACCAUACGACUUCUCUUGGACCAUCAACAACAACACCCUCAUUCAGCCUUGUGAUGAUGUUGUCCCGACCCACCUCUAUUGCCAUAUGGACACCGCAAGAUUUGCAAACUUGCACCAGUUUGCAGACUCUGAAAACUUACAGAAUGUGCUUGGAGUUGUUCAUGCAUUUGAACCAAAACAUAGGGGCUUUGAUUCAGUCAUGAGAGACAUCGUGAUUAUGAACGCUGAGAACAUGCCUAUGAUUUUCACGCUUUGGAAUGAGUUUGCCACAACUGAAGGUGAACAACUAGCCGCUGGUAUCAAUGCAGGAAACAUAAUCAUUGCAAUGCGUGUUCGGGUGACAACUUUCAAUGGACUCUCGCUCUCCACCAAAUCAAUAAGUGCAAUACUCAUAAAUCCACCGAUGCCCGAGGCAAAUGAGCUCAAGCAGUGGUACAUACAAAAUAGGUUGGAGAUUGACAAUCUCAUUACAGCCAAAGCAUUCACAGAUCCUGCUGCAUUGCUUCCAAGGCCACUUGAUGAGAACAUCAUGACUAUCGAAAAUUACUUGAAUCCUGCUAACAAUCCACUUUGGUUUGCCGCUUGCUCGAACUGCCAGAAAAAAUUCGACCUUGAAGUGGGUUCUGAUAUAAGGGCAAGAAUUCCAAUCUACAUAGAAGAUGAGACAGACACAAUUGAUGGUGAAGAGCUAGCUGGCCGUACUGGUGCUGAAUUGAAAGAUGCUGAAAAAGAGGCUGUGGACUUGCUCGGACCAAUUGGCGUGAGGAUUAAGAACCACCAUCUUGUUUGUUAUGUGAGGUUGUACCAAAGCAACGGCCAAAGCUAUACAAUUGUGAGGUUGUAUAUGGAUGAAAUUGAAGGGCUCUUACAUGAGGAUGACAUAGAUCAUGCAGCUGCACAGAACGAGCCUGUGCCUGACCCCGCGCCCGAGCCUGAGCCUGAUGUCCAGCUAUUUACACCAAGCACGAAGGCAUGCUUGGAAGAAAUUGCAAGUGCGCCCAUGAACACCGACAUUCUUGGUCCAUCAAAAUCGACCGCAGCACGCUCCUUGGUAUUUGGAGACGACACUGGUACUUCAUCCUCCGAUCCUCCACUUGACACAAUCGGCAGCGAUGGAUCCUUUAGCGAGGCUGCAAGUGCAAGCAGUUCAGCAGUUCCAUCCAGGCCGCUCAAGAAACCUCGCAACUAA